AUUUGAGAACUCCUAAUAUAGACCCAGCUGCUUUGUAGAAAAGGCUAACAAACGGUCUGAGUUUGCUGCUUUGAAAACCACUUUUUCAUGGACACAAGACAGAGUUAUGGAGCCUCGUUCACAGGUGUCAUUCCCAGAAAAGAAGCAGGAAAUACAGAGUCAAGAGGCUGAUGCCACAGUCUACAUGAAAUUCAUGAAAAGUCACCGCUGUUAUGAUGCCAUUCCAACCAGCUGUAAACUGGUCAUAUUUGAUACCACACUACAAGUGAAAAAAGCCUUUUAUGCACUGGUGGCAAAUGGCUUGAGGGCUGCACCACUAUGGGACAGCAAGCUGCAGAGAUUUGUGGGUAUGCUGACUAUUACAGAUUUCAUCAACAUCCUUCACUGCUAUUACAAGUCCCCCAUGGUUCAGAUGUAUGAGCUUGAGAGCCACAAGAUAGAAACAUGGAGAGGUGAUUCCCUUCGAAAUGUUUAUUUGCAGUAUUCCAAUAACUUCCUCAUUAGUAUCUCUCCAGAGGCCAGCCUCUUCGAAGCCAUCUAUUCCUUACUCAGAUACAAAAUCCACAGGCUGCCCGUAAUCGAUCCAGAGUCUGGGAAUGUCCUGCACAUUCUGACCCACAAAAGAAUCCUCAAGUUCCUCCAUAUAUUUGGGAAAAAACUUCCCAAGCCUGCAUUCACAAAGAGGCCGAUCCAGGAACUUGGGAUAGGAACUUUCAGGAACAUCGCCACUGUCCAGCAAACAGCAUCGCUUUAUGAUGCCCUCUCUAUAUUUGUGGAGAGGCGGGUGUCUGCGCUGCCAGUGGUGGAUGAACAAGAUCAAAACCAACCACUACAAACCUUCAAGGAAGUCUGCAAGGGAGGAGACAACGAACAGCAGCAGGAAACAGAGGACUUAAAUACACACCAGGUAAUUAGGGAGAUGGGGAAACACCAGGGAAGACAGCCGCAACAAACCAGGAUAACAAAGCAGGGGAAUUAAAACAAUACGAAGCACACAAAACACUAUCAAAAUAAACGCGCGCACACACACAGAGACCCAUAGGAACUUGACAAAGAGACAGAAGAUAAACAAACAUGGAGAUAAGGUAGAAGGAACAAAAUGGAAAUACAAAAGAGGAAAUCCGAAAGCCAGGGAGACAGAACACAGAGUGACAAGGCAGACCCGGGGACAUGCCGGAGAAACAGGAAGGGAGCACAAAGCAUGAUAACGAAACAUUAUGUAACCUAGAAGAACAAGAAUAUAAACAGAGACUAAAUAGAUGGUAUAAUAAUUUCCAAAGGAAAAUAUUGACUAUACCAAUAUACAAAACAGCUCAAUUAAAACAUAAGUGAUCACAAGAACACAAAGCCCUGGAUCCAAGACCCAGGGACCAUGACACCUCACCUCUCACCUCCUCAUCUGACACUUUGGCCAUGCUUUAAUGUGUAUCCACCACUGAAACAGUAUACACAUGACAGAAAAAACAUAAAAAUAAAGACUGUUAGACCUGUAACACGGUUAUUACAUUGUCAAACUAUUUGUUUUCCCAGGCAAAGUUGUGGCACUCUACUCAAGAUUUGAUGUCAUUAUACCGUCUUUGAUCCAUUGCAGAACCUGGCAGCCCAGAAGACCUACAACAAUCUGGACAUGACAAUGCAGGAGGCUGUUGAAAAGCGGAUAUGUUGCGUUGAGGG